AAAAUAACCGAUGACGAUAUCUUUGGCGCAAUUUCCUCACAGCUCACAAAAUUCGUAGGUCUUGCGGGUACAGCGCUAGUUGAAGCGCCACACGUUGUGAACGGGACAAUUGUAUCGUGGGAUGUUGUCUACGCCCCGCGAAGAAAAUUCGCGACGGAUAUGGCUGGCUUCGCCGUUAAUUUGGACCUCAUCCUGAGUACCAAGUAA